GUCUGUUUAUAUAUAAGAGAGCAUCCCAGUGCCCAAAAAAUCGCUGAUCUUUCUCUCUCUUCAAAACUCGAACCACACACCACAGCACAGCGUUAAGAAUACACAGAGGAAGAAGAUCGAUUCUCUUUUUUUUUUCUGUCUCUGUGUCAUGGCGAAGCCCCGUAAGCCAAAGAACGAGGACCCUAAACCCGAGAAUUCCGGCGCCCUAGUUCACCACCAGAAGCUCUGCCUCUCCAUCGACCUCCACAAACGCCUCGUCUACGGGUAUACUGAAUUGGAGAUUGCCGUGCCGGAGAUUGGGAUCGUUGGCCUGCACGCUGAGAAUUUGGGGAUUGAGAGUGUUUCCGUCGACGGUGAGCCCACUGAGUUCGAGUAUUAUCCUCAGCAGCACCAGCAGCAGGCGGAGGACGAUGACAGGAGGUGGAGCUCCGUCGAUUCGCCUGCCUCGGCUGCUGACGCUGCCGGCUCAGUGUACUUGUCUGCUCUGGAGAAGGAGCUGGUGCCGAAUUUGCUCAUUAACUGCUGCAAGCCGGCCAAGGCUGAGAGUGAACAGCUCGAGCAGCAGCCGGUCUCUGAAAAUGGGUUUCAUUCCUCUGCUGAGCCUAAGCAGAAUGUAAGAGUCGUUCGUAUUAACUAUUGGAUAGAGAAGGCGGAGACAGGGAUACAUUUCAAAGAUAAUGUUCUUCACACUGAUAACCAGAUUAGGAGAGCGAGGUGCUGGUUCCCUUGUAUAGACGACAGUUCACAGCGAUGUUGCUACGACCUGGAGUUCACUGUAGCACACAAUCUUGUGGCUGUUAGUACCGGAAGCUUGCUAUAUCAGGUUUUAAGCAAGGAUAAUCCUCCUCGGAAAACAUAUGUAUAUAAAUUGGAUGUUCCAGUUGCUGCAAGGUGGAUAUCUUUGGCUGUAGCCCCAUUUGAAAUUCUUCCUGAUCACCAAUUCAGUCUUAUAUCACAUAUGUGUUUGCUACCUAAUCUGUCAAAGAUGCGGAAUACAGUGGAAUAUUUUCAUAGCGCCUUCAGCUGCUAUAAGGAUUAUCUUUCUGCAGACUUCCCAUUUAACUCUUAUAAACAAGUUUUCAUAGAGCCAGAGAUGGCAGUUUCUUCAAUGAGUUUAGGAGCAUCUAUGAAUAUAUUUAGUUCUCAAGUUUUGUUUGAUGAAAAGCUUAUCGACCAGACCAUUGAUACAAGGAUAAAACUUGCAUAUGCUCUUGCAAGACAAUGGUUUGGUGUAUAUAUCACUCCCGAGGGACCAGAUGAUGAAUGGCUUUUGGACGGGCUUUCUGGUUUCUUGACAGAUUUUUUUAUUAAGAAACAUUUGGGCAAUAAUGAGGCGCGGUAUCGUAGAUACAAGGCAAACUGCGCUGUCUGUAAAGUCGAUAGUAGUGGAGCCACAGCUUUGAGCUGUUCAGCUUCUUGUAAGGAUUUAUAUGGGACGCACUGUAUGGGUUUGUAUGGAAAAAUAAGAUCGUGGAAAGCUGUGGCAAUUCUUCAGAUGCUGGAAAAGCAGAUGGGUCCUGAAUCUUUCCGUAGAAUUUUGCAAACAGUAGUUUCUCGUGCUCAAGAUAAAACACGUUCUGUGAAGACUCUUAGUACUAAGGAGUUUCGGCAUUUUGCCAAUAAGGUUGGAAAUCUUGAACGACCUUUUCUUAAAGAUUUCUUCCCUCGGUGGGUUGGUUCAUGUGGAUGCCCUAUUUUAAGGAUGGGAUUUUCCUAUAAUAAAAGGAAGAAUAUUGUUGAAUUGGCUGUAAUGAGGGGAUGCACAGCAUCACAGACGUCAAGUACAUCAGCUCUUGAUAUUAAUCCAAAUACUGAAAAUAGAGAUGGUGACAGUGGAUGGCCUGGGAUGAUGAGUAUCAGGGUAUAUGAACUUGAUGGAAUGUAUGACCAUCCAAUUCUACCAAUGGCUGGAGAAGCAUGGCAACUAUUAGAAAUACAGUGCCACUCUAAGCUUGCUGCUAGACGUUUUCAGAAGCCUAAGAAAGGUCUAAAACUAGAUGGUUCUGAUGAUAAUGGUGAUGUACCUUCCAUGGAUGUACGCUCCAGUACAGAGUCCCCUUUGUUAUGGAUCAGAGCAGACCCUGACAUGGAGUACCUUGCUGAGAUUCAUUUUAAUCAACCAGUACAGAUGUGGAUUAAUCAAUUAGAGAAGGAUAAAGAUGUUAUUGCUCAGGCACAAGCGAUUUCUACCUUAGAAGCAUUGCCCCAGUUAUCAUUUUCUGUUGUAAAUGCCCUCAACAAUUUUCUCACUGACUCCAAGGCUUUCUGGAGAGUACGAAUCGAAGCAGCAUUUGCAUUGGCGAGUUCAGCAUCUGAGGAAACUGAUUUCGCUGGCCUGCUUCAUUUGAUUAAAUUUUAUAAGAGUCGAAGGUUUGACUCUGACAUUGGACUCCCAAAGCCAAAUGAUUUUCAUGAUUUUGCUGAGUAUUUUGUUCUUGAGGCCAUUCCACAUGCUGUAGCUAUGGUCAGAGCUGCAGACAAGAAAAGUCCAAGGGAGGCAAUCGAAUUUGUUUUACAACUAUUGAAGUACAAUGACAACAAUGGGAACCCUUACUCAGAUGUCUUCUGGCUUGCUGCAUUGGUUCAGUCGGUUGGCGAGCUUGAAUUUGGGAAACAGAGUAUCCUCCUAUUGUCAUCACUUCUUAAACGCAUUGACCGGCUGUUACAAUGUGAUAGCCUCAUGCCCAGCUACAAUGGAAUCUUGACUAUCAGUUGUAUCCGGACAUUGGCUCAGAUUGCUCUAAAGCUGUCAGGGUUCAUUCCUCUUGAUCGUGUGUAUGAACUUGUGAAGCCUUUUAGGGAUUUGAAGGCAAUGUGGCAAGUUCGCAUUGAAGCCAGCAGAGCCCUCCUUGAUCUUGAAUUCCACUUGAAAGGCAUUGAUGCAGCAUUACUUCUAUUUAUCAAAUACGUUCAGGAGGAGCCUUCCUUAAGAGGGCAGUUAAAACUGGCCACUCAUGUUAUGCGACUCUGUCAGAUGAAAGAAGGACCGAGUUCUAAUGAUGAAAUUUCAAGCCAAAAUCUCAUCUCAUUGCUUUGUUUAAUGGAAGGACGGAUGGCUUUUAAUAAUGUCUUUCUCCGACACUACUUGUUUUGCAUAUUACAAGUAAUUGCGAAAAGACCUCCAACACUGCAUGGGGUUCCCCGAGAAAAUAGAACAUUACAAAUGGGUCUCACAGAUGCUUUUAACUAUCAGAGGAACAUAUUUGUUCUUGAUCCAGAUAGUAAACCUUUGGAAGUGCCAAGCUCUGCCCAAAAUCCAGCACAAGAUUUGGCCGUGAGUGAGGGUUUGAAGGAUGCGAUUGAUGAAGUUGCCAAGAAUGUACUUCAUGGAGCUGGCAAAGAAGCGCAUGACGAAGCUGUGAAGGAAACUCCACCAAUGCAAUCUCCAAAACAACUGCAAACAGAAAUUCCCCUGGCUCCUCCAUUGGAAACUCAAAAUGCAGAAUGCCCCCAGGAACCACUAACAGAGGCUCAUAAUACAGAGUUCCACAGGGAACCCCCAACAGAAGCUCGAAAUAGUGAAUUUCACCAGGAGCCACCAAUAGAAACUCGGAUUGAAGUUUCCAAAGAAGCUGAUACUAUAUCCAAUAGCCAUGAACGGAAGACGAAGAUUAAAAUCAAGGUUAAACAAUCUUCUGCAGCCAGUCGAGCUGAUACUGAUAAUCAAAUAGCGGAACGAUCUUUAGGCGCCGGUCGUAAUGAUAUUGAUCAUGGGCCUACAAGUUCGGUUUCAGUGGAUGCACCCCCGAGGAAUUGUGCAGAGACUAUAAGCACUGGUCAUCACAAUAUUGAGGAAGUUAAUUCCUGGCACGACCGUGGUUCACGCAUGACUGCUAGCAUAGGUAGUGCAAAAAUUGUGAGUGACGGCGAUGAAUUAGUCAAAGAAUUACAAUGCACCGCCGACUCAAGUGUAGUUUAUUCGCACCCUUUGCCAGAGGAUCCAUCAUCAUCUAGCAUUAUCCAGGACAACAACAUAGACGCUGAUGCACGGCGAUAUGCAAGCCUCCAGACUCUCUCAAUCGCACGGCGUGACCCUGAUGAAGACUCGUUGAGAAAAGAAGCUUCGGGCCGUGGGAAAGAAAAGCACAAAAGCAAAGAAAAGAAACGGAAGCGGGAGGAUCAUAAGGAUCACAAGGGACGGCACCAUGAUGACCCAGAAUAUCUAGAGCGAAAAAGGUUGAAGAAAGAGAAGAAACGCAAGGAAAAAGAAUUGGCAAAACUGCGGAGUGAAGAAGCAAAAAGAUCCUCUCUGGAAAAUUCAAGUAAGAAAGAAGAACCUCCUCAGCCGAAACCUGUUGUACCCAGUGGAUAUAAUAAUAAUAAUUCUAGGAUAGCAGAGGUCAGAAGGGUUGAAUCCAAACCCGAGACAUCAGAAGGUAUAUCAUCUGGUGCUCCAAAACUUCGAAUUAAAUAUAAAAACCAAAUGCUUGGUAAGUCUUAGAGAAUUACAUUUGUAGAAUGAAUAUUUUUGUUUUUUGUUUUAUUUUAUUUUGAUUUUUCAUGUGUAAUUAUCCCGGCGGACUAGUAGACAUUUUAGGCACUUACCAUUAUUGAUUCAAUGAGCUUUAAUUGUUUGUUCUUUCGUCUGGUUUUAGUCAUUUUUAAUGGUUGCUAUCGUAAACCUAGUGCUAUUAAGGGGGGAUAUGGUUUGCUUUUUGUAACAAGAUCGUAUUACACUAUUACUAGAUAGGUUGGAAUACCA